AAGGAGAAAGAACUUACUUAAUGACCCUGUGAUGGACCCCCGGGCUCGUGCUGCUUUUACAUCCUGUGCGCGCCAGGAGCUUGGCUGACGUCACGGUUACUCCGAAUGACCAAAUAAGGAAAGUGACAGAUGAAAGUGACACGGGCUCAGUUUUCCGUGUUUGCGACGAGAAAGUUCAGGUGUUCACGGCUCUGAGGAGUCUGGCCCAGGAGAAACCGUUGCGUGCGACUGUGUGUGUCGGUCCGUGUCUGUUAGUGAGUGUGUGUGUGUGUGUGUCCCAGUCUGUGUGUGUGUGUGUGUGUGUGUGUGUGUGUGUGUGUGUGUGUGUGUGAGCUGCUGUAGUUUCUUGAGGAACGAGAAAAGAGGAAGCAGUCCCGCCCUCCGCAGCAGCCUGGAGGCCGAGGACCGAGCAGAGCGGAGCCCGCCUCUCAUAACAGAUUCAGGCCGAAACACGGUGCCGUUCUCCGGACGCACUCUCAGCGGGAGGACGGUAAAUCUGCGGCGGGACUCUACGGCUCAGGUGUGGGUCUGAACCCGACUUUGACCGUUGGAAAGCUGGUUACAGACAAUGAGCUCCAUGUGAAGAAGUUUCCCUCUACUCGAAUUGUUCAGUGCGGACUGUGAUCGGCGGGACUCUGACUCAGGCCCUGGAAGAUUUCUGAUCCGGAUCUCAGUUGAAACCAGUAUGAGUGGAGAAGAGGAAAGAUUCAAACUGGUGGUGGUGGGAGGAGGAGGGGUGGGGAAGAGCGCACUGACCAUCCAGUUCAUCCAGUCCUACUUUGUGUCAGACUAUGACCCCACCAUCGAAGACUCCUACACCAAGAUCUGCACCGUGGACGGCAAGGAGACCCGGCUGGACAUCUUGGAUACAGCAGGUCAGGAGGAGUUUGGGGCGAUGAGGGAGCAGUACAUGCGCUCAGGAGAGGGCUUCUUACUGGUGUUUGCACUCAACGACCGGGGCAGCUACCAUGAGGUCCAGAAAUUCCACACACAGAUCCUGAGAGUGAAGGACAGAGAUGACUUCCCUAUGGUGCUGGUUGGAAACAAGGCUGACCUGGAACAUCAGAGAGUGAUCUCCAGAGAGGACGCUCAGGCCUUCGCCAGAGAGAACAGGAUCCACUAUAUGGAGGCUUCAGCCAAGAAUCGCUAUAAUGUGGAUGAAGCCUUCCUGGAGUUGGUGCAAAUUAUCAGAAGGUUUCAGGAGAUGGAGAGUCCUCCUCCUCCAGCUCAUCACACAGGGAAACAGAAGAGUGGAGGUUGUCCCUGUGUCCUCCUCUAAGCACUGUUACUAUGGACACCAACACCUCGUCCCUCUGCAGCUUUCCAGAAUGGAUAUUCUGUGUGUGUGUGUGUGUGUGUGUGUGUAUGUAUGUGUAGGGGGUGGGGUGGGGGGGGUAAGGUGCAUCAUUAUCUUUUUAAAUGGUUUCAUUUGCACUUUUGCCAAAAGCAACUUUUAAAUGAGUGUAAUCUUUUCUGUUAAUGAGAGGGACUAAACGCUGUGGGGCUGAUCCUGCCUGUCUCAGUAGCAGCACAGUAACACACAGGAAGUAAGUACUGUGACCAAUACUCUACCUGUGACAAUGUAACUGUACUUCAUAAGUGCCUACAAACAGAAAUGGCACCUACAUGUGCAAAUGACCAAACGCUGCAUCCUGCAGUGACAUCAUCAGCACACAGCUGACUGUUAGGACUAUCAUAACAACAACUACACUUUAUUUUCCAACACAAAAAUGUGUAUGAAACAUUUCAACUUGCUGAUGAAAUGUGGCACACCCCAAGAAGAGCAGCAGAACAUCUGUGUGCUGUGGUGUUCUCUGCCGACCUGCAGGGGGCAGCAGAGCCCUACAGCAGAGCAAGAGAGAGAGACAGGGAGGAAACAAAGCUGUAGUUGUGUCUGUUGUUUGUAGCCGCCUCUCCAUCUUUCCACAUGUGUUGCCUCAACCAGUUAGAAUAUUUAGAAUGUCCAUGAACACCAGUCUGAUCAGGGCCUCAUCAGGGUCUACAGGAUCCACAUUAUUCCAGUUUGAGGACUUGGGCUCAGCCUGCACCAGUUGGAUGAGCAGGAGUCAAAGUUUUGGAUCAGGAACUGGAGUGAUGUGUGGAGAGGUGAUCAGCAGGCUGGCCGUGCUGCGGUGUUUCAGCCUCUGAGCAGAGGACGACAUGUCAGGUUGUUCUGGUGAUGGUGAACUGUAUUCUGGUACGAAUGACUGUGUCUCCAUGUUGCCUUUAGUUUGUACUUCAUCACAGUUCAGACCUGUACAGUCAGCAGGUCAAAGGUCAGCCUUGGCCUCAAGUACAGCAGGUUCAUAAAAUAAUCCUAACCUAAUCCAGGUUCACUUACCAGCUUUCUUUAGAGCUUUCAACUGCAUCAUGUGGGACUUAGCUGUUAUCACAUGACCUGAGUGUGGAGGCUGUGGUCAUGUAUGAGGACAGGUGGUAGCAUCUGACUGAUGUCAGGUGUGAAUGACUUCUAUGACCUUUGACCUCUUCCACUGGAGGCUGUGAGAUGUUUUGGUCUGAUGUUGUCACCUGUUAUCACAUGACUGAAGUUUCUUACUAAGGUCACAUAAUGACAAGCGAGCCGUCUCCAUGACAACUGAGCAGGCUCCACUCAGUAAUGUGUUCAGUAAUGAAUGGAGCCUGCUGCUUAUUUGGAGGAAAAGAUGAACUCAAGAUGAUGCACAGCAAGAAAACAAACCUCUCUCCCAUGUGUAAAGCUUCAGGCAGUUUGGUUUCACUUCUCCCUUUUAUUAAGAAUUCCUAUUUAUAUCUACCGUUUAACCUGCAAUUCACAUCAGUAGUUUUAUAACAAAAGUCAAAUCACAUUUAUACAUCAUUAAAACAUGUAUCUGAACAUUU